AGAGGAGGGGCUGCGGCGCGGAGGACCACUGGAGGCGCCGCGCGGCCGCCGCUGUCCGCGCUGGAGACCACAGCUCGGCACAGGCGGCGUCCGUCCUCCGUGCCUCCGGAGCCUCCUCCAGCCUGCGCUCCCGGCGGAUAGCACGGGCCAUCUCCAACCGGGACCUACCGCUGGCCCUGCAGGUUCUUGCUGGGAAACCAACAAAAGAAGACAGUUACGGCACCAGCAGUGCCAGCAGGGCUGACAGACCGAGGCAAAGCAAGAAUAGCUGAAGGCAUCCGAGGCCAAAUCCACUGAGAAACAGUUGUGAUGGUGCAGCCAAGCUAGAACACUGACACAAACCAAAGGUGGUUUGGACACGUCAGUGGUGGCCUGAGCUUUUCUAGUCCAGUUCCAUCCAAGGGGAGAUGGACUAAAGCCACGGAUUGUCUGGUUCUUUGUCUGGGAAUUGGAAGGAGGAUUGGGAUGGUCUUCCGGGCACAUCCCUAGACUAAUUGCAGCGAUGAGUUCAGACGAGAAGGGCAUAUCCCCUGCUCAUAAAACAUCCACCCCGACCCACAGAAGUGCCUCGUCUUCAACAUCUUCUCAGAGAGAAAGCAGACAGAGCAUCCACGUUUUGGAGAGAACUGCUUCAUCCAGCACGGAGCCCUCUGUCAGUCGGCAGUUGCUAGAGCCGGAGCCCAUCCCCCUCUCCAAGGAAGCUGACAGCUGGGAAAUUAUAGAAGGGCUGAAAAUAGGCCAAACCAAUGUCCAGAAACCAGACAGACACGAGGGAUUUAUGCUGAAGAAGAGAAAAUGGCCUUUAAAGGGCUGGCACAAGCGCUUUUUUGUCCUGGAUAAUGGAAUGUUAAAGUAUUCAAAGGCACCACUUGAUAUCCAAAAAGGGAAGGUCCACGGGAGCAUAGAUGUCGGACUGUCUGUCAUGUCGAUUAAAAAGAAAGCUCGGAGAAUAGACCUCGACACGGAGGAGCACAUCUAUCAUUUGAAGGUGAAAUCCCAGGACUGGUUUGAUGCUUGGGUCUCCAAACUGCGCCAUCACAGGUUGUACCGGCAGAAUGAAAUUGUGAGAUCACCGAGAGAUGCCAGCUUCCACAUAUUUCCUGCAACUUCGACAGCAGAGUCCUCCCCAGCUGCUAAUGUCUCUGUCGUGGAUGGAAAGAUGCAGCCCAACAGCUUUCCAUGGCAGUCCCCUUUGCCAUGCAGCAACAGCCUCCCUGCAACCUGCACGACUGGGCAGAGUAAAGUGGCAGCCUGGCUGCAGGACUCAGAAGAAAUGGACAGGUGUGCAGAAGAUCUUGCACACUGCCAGUCAAACCUUGUGGAACUUAGCAAACUCCUGCAAAACUUGGAGAUACUUCAGAGAACUCAGUCUGCUCCCAACUUCACUGACAUGCAGGCUAACUGUGUAGAUAUUUCAAAGAAAGACAAGCGGGUCACAAGACGCUGGAGGACAAAAAGUGUCAGCAAAGAUACAAAAAUACAACUUCAGGAAGGGCCACCUGCGAAGGGCCAGUUCAACACAACUCGGCGCCGGCAGAGGCUAGCAGCAGCAGUGGCUACAACAGUCCCUUUCAGCGCCACCAUGUCACCAGUGCGUCUGCACUCCUCCAACCCCAACCUUUGUGCAGACAUCGAGUUUCAGACCCCUCCUAGCCACCUCACUGACCCUCUGGAAAGUUCCACGGAUUAUACCAAGCUACAAGAAGAAUUUUGUCUAAUUGCACAGAAAGUGCAUUCUCUUUUGAAGUCGGCAUUUAACAGCAUAGCUAUAGAGAAGGAGAAGCUGAAGCAGAUGGUUUCGGAGCAAGAUCACAACAAAGGCCACAGCACACAGAUGGCCAGGCUCAGACAGUCACUGUCACAGAGUGAAGGAGCCGGCAAAUCCUGGGCACUUAACCAGAACGCUGAGCUUCGGAGUCGGCUGAACAGAAUACACUCAGAGUCUACCAUUUGUGAUCAUGUUGUCAGUGUAAAUAUUAUCCCUAGCCCCGAUGAGCCUGGUGAGCAAAUCCAUGUCAACCUCCCUCUGUCACAGCAGGUGGCCAAUGAGAGCCGCCUCUCCAUGUCAGAAUCUGUGUCAGAGUUCUUCGAUGCCCAAGAGGUGCUCCUGUCUGCAAGUUCAUCAGAAAAUGAGGCUUCCGAUGACGAGUCCUACAUCAGCGACGUGAGUGACAACAUAUCUGAAGACAACACCAGUGUCGCCGACAACAUUUCUCGGCAAAUCCUGAAUGGGGAGCUCACCGGAGGCGCCUUCCGUAAUGGCCGUCGCACCUGCUUGCCUGCUCCUUGUCCUGACACCAGUAACAUUAACCUGUGGAAUAUCUUGAGGAACAACAUUGGCAAAGACCUAUCAAAGGUCUCCAUGCCCGUGGAGCUCAAUGAGCCACUCAACACUCUGCAGCACCUCUGUGAGGAAAUGGAGUACAGCGAGCUCCUGGACAAGGCCUCAGAGACCGAUGACCCCUACGAGAGGAUGGUUCUCGUCGCUGCCUUUGCAGUCUCAGGGUACUGUUCAACCUACUUCAGAGCAGGAAGCAAGCCAUUCAAUCCGGUCCUGGGGGAGACCUAUGAGUGCAUAAGAGAAGAUAAGGGGUUUCGGUUCUUCUCAGAACAAGUUAGCCAUCAUCCACCCAUUUCUGCCUGUCACUGUGAAUCCAAGAACUUUGUGUUUUGGCAAGAUAUCAGAUGGAAAAAUAAGUUCUGGGGAAAGUCAAUGGAAAUCCUGCCUGUCGGAACCCUGAAUGUCAUGCUUCCAAAAUAUGGAGAUUACUACGUGUGGAAUAAAGUCACCACAUGCAUACACAACAUCCUCAGCGGGAGGAGAUGGAUCGAACAUUACGGCGAAGUAACCAUUAGAAAUACCAAAAGCAGUGUUUGCAUUUGCAAACUCACGUUUGUCAAGGUGAAUUACUGGAACUCCAACGUGAAUGAAGUCCAGGGCGUGGUGAUAGACCAGGAGGGGAAGGUGGUGCACCGCCUCUUUGGGAAGUGGCAUGAAGGACUCUACUGCGGGGUGGCCCCCUCGGCAAAGUGCAUCUGGAGACCAGGUUCUCUGCCAACCAACUAUGAGCUCUACUAUGGCUUUACAAGGUUCGCUGUGGAACUCAAUGAGUUGGAUCCCGUCCUGAAGGACCUCCUUCCUCCCACAGAUGCCCGAUUCCGGCCAGAUCAAAGAUUUUUGGAAGAAGGGAACCUGGAAGCUGCUGCCGCAGAGAAACAAAGAGUUGAGGAACUCCAGAGAUCUCGGAGGCGCUACAUGGAGGAGAACAACCUUGAACAUAUACCAAAAUUUUUUAAAAAAGUUAUUGAUGCAAAUCAAAGAGAAGCCUGGGUUUCUAAUGACACCUACUGGGAGCUUCGAAAGGACCCUGGGUUUAGCAAAGUAGACAGCCCUGUUCUUUGGUAAACUGGAGACACAGAGCUAGCCAACAUACCACACUCGGAAUGAAUAAAUAACUAUGCACAAUUAUGUUUCUUAUAGCUACGCGUGGUUUCUGGGUCGACUGAAAACCUCCCAUUCGCUUUUCUAUUCAUCUUUAUAACGGAUUUUCAAAAGUGCAUUAGACAAGGCUCCUAACCACUUUUGGAUCCUUUCUGUUUUGCUGCAACCAUAUUCCUUAAAAAUAAAUAAAUAAAUAAUAAAACCCAAGCCCUCCUUGGAAAGCAGACUAAAAGAAGGAGAACAUAAAACCCAAAGUCGGAAGAGUCGGAAAAGAAGAUGAAACUGUAACGGGCGCUUCAAGCCGAUCAGGAGAGUUUAAAAUGAUACACAAACUACAUGUUCAGUCUGCUGUCUGAGUCUCAGCCCGCACCGUAGGAGCUCCCGGGCCAUAGUCGGUUAGUUCAGACUUGACGUGUGUUCUUUUGAUGUGGUGUGCUUGUUCUCAGCCUCGUCAGAAUAGACGUGAUGCUUCCCGAAACUCAUCCCAGCAUUGCUCAUGCCUUAAGAAAUGCAAAGAUACACAAUAAACCGUUUUUUUAAAUGUGUGCUCAUAGGUGUAUGUGAAGGACGGAAUCCUGGCAGGAUUCACUUUCUUGAUCAGAACAUUGAUUCAGCUGAUAUAAGGAUUAAGUGAGGAAAUCCACACUUUCCUUUGCUAAGUCAGUUCUGGUGUGGUGGAUCUGAGGGGCAAGAGGGCUAAGGUACUGUAUACUACGUAUAUCUCUGUAUCCAGAUAGUUCUUUAAGUUCCUGUCUGUGUCCAGAUGGUAAACCAUCCCUCCUCCGUCUGACCUCACAGUGCGCCCUGGUAUUUGGCAAAAGUUGCAUCUGAUUUGGACACGCAUCAUCAGUGUUAGACUUCAGUAGGAAGUAACAAACACCAGCUUCUGCCUGGCUGGGUGGUACCAUAAACUACCAUUUUUGAAUGGCACACGAGGCCACAUAGCACAUCCCUGACUCAUGCCCACCACUGUUCAGAUUCCACAGAGAACAAAAGCUUAUUUAUUUGCAUUAUGUAAAUGGAUCCUAUGCAAAAUCAUCUUCUUUUUUUUUUUUUUUUUUUUUAAAAAAAAAGCAGUUCCAUAUGAUACAUGGUUACAUAUUAAUCAUCUACCUUGCUAAGGGCAGAUAAAUAAAACUUAGGCUUAAAAAAAAAUUAUCCAUUCCAAAGGUGGGGGUGGGCAAGAUGUGUUUUGAACUCUUCACGUUUUGUUUUUCCUCCACAGGGUCACAGAAGCUUUGUAGGAAGCUUGCAUUCUAAGUUCCUGCAUGCACAUGACUAUAUAAACGCCUGUAUGUUUAAAAACAAUCUCUUUAGGGGGCUUCCUAGUAAAUUAGAAAAUUAUUACAUAUAUUUUAUUGUUAAGAGUUUUAUUCUUAGAUUCUUACCAUCUGAAUUUAAGUGUUACUUUAGACUCUGAUAACAAGGUUAGUGACAUUUUAUAUUUUGUUAAGAGGUAUCAAUCUUGGUGUUCCCCCACCCCCACCCCCGCAAAGCAUUCCUAAUAAUGGCUAAUUCACCAUAAAGCCCAAAGCUGCUGCAAACAUGGAAGAAAAUUCAGAAUUUCCCCUAGAUGGAACAAUAUUUUAAUUAUCCCCAAACUUAUCUCCUGUUUCAUGUAUGUCCAUACACCAUGCACACAGCUGGCAGUCAUUGGAAUAGAAUUUCACCCUCCAAAAAGUUCCUUCAGUCAGAGCCAGAGUCAGGCUUUGGGCCUUUCAAAGGUCUUUCCAUGGGCGCCUCAGUCCUAGGUGGCUUGCCCUGCAGUUGUAAAACCUCUUCCCAUGUCAUGGACUACCUUUUUCUUGGUUCAACCGGAUGCUCUUUUAUCAUUACAUCUUUAGUUAUGUCUGAUUUUAUAUUGAAUUAGAACUUAAUUACAGUCCUAUAGACUUCUUCUCAAAAGUUUGACUCUCCUCCAACUAAUAAAGCUUACAGUAUGAUUUAAAGUGAGUCUCGCCUGUACUUACUAGUGUCUGACUAAAUGGUCUCACAACCGCCUAUGUAUGAAAAGAAUCCUGGAGAACAGAGAUACCACAAGGAGGGAAUGCAGAGGUGAGUUGUUCACAAUAGGAGAUAUCCAUUAGUGAAGGGCAGAAGGCCCAGGAUGCAGCAGGGAAGUAACCACAGUACCCGGGGUUUGCAUUGCCUAAGAAGAAAGGAGAAACAAUAAAUGAGGUCUUUGUAGACCAAUAGCAAGAUUAAGAUGAUAAAUAAGAAUGGUGGAAGAUGGGCAGGUCUACCCUGAAACUCUAAUUAGGAUUUCAGGAAGCAAACCAGAGAAAUGUUGAGUUAAUUCCAAUCACAUUUCAUGGCAUCCUCCAUUUGAAUUGUGAUUCUGGUUUCCCCGGAUGUGACCUUCAGGUCAUCAGUUAAGCUUCAGAUCCCCGCCCCCCCACCAUGGCACCCGACUCACUGGGCCCUGAUGGAACACUCGCCUGUGUUGCUGCAACAGCCUCGUCCUUUUUCUUCACACAGUGGUUAUAAAGUUGUAAGACAGAACCCUGUUGGAAUUGCAUUUUCAGGACAUUUCAUCUCUUAAACCUAAAUGACCAAAGGGUAGAGUGUUAGAACUUACUCUCUCGGUACCACGCGAUGUAGUCCUUUGCUUGGGAUCUUACAUAAACCACUAUAUUUGGGAGAUAAUAGAUUUCCUUAAAAGGCUGUGGGAAGGCUUGCUAUGCCUGUGUUCUUUUUCCAUGCUUUAUUUUCAAGCUCCCUCCCCUCCAGGGAGAUUGUCCUGAGAGUGACAGUAACCCCUGAGGGUUUUGCCAGACUGGACUGAUCAACAUGGCAGCAAUUUGCAGAGGCUCACCAAAACAAAACAAAACAAGAUCAUUCUGAUGCUGAAUGCUGUUAACCGAGGUGCAAAUUAACUCUUCAGUGUUGCUGAUAUUUCUUAUUUUUUUAAUUGUCAUGAUUUUUCAUAGGUUAUUUUUAAAUGCUGUCCAUUAUCAUCUCCAGUAGCUGUAAAAAUAAAUAAAUAAAUAAACUUCAUUUAAGAUACCCUUUAGUAGUACAUGUCAGUUUUAUGUGAUUGCAGGGCCAAAUGUCAGUUUUCUGGCUGAGGGAAACCAAGCAGAGUUUUGGGAAGGAGGAUAGCAACUUGUCAGUUUCCCAAGUCUUUUGUGCUCCAGCUCUUGGUUCUUCUGUCCUUGUGUGUUUCUGCAUGAGCGCUUGUCGUCAUUAGGUCCUGUCCCCAAGGAGCUUGUAGAAGGAGAGAGGUUCCAGAGAAGACAACCUGAUUAACCUGUUUAGUUUGAUAGGAAAGAACCUUUUUGUUAUUCUUUUGUGGCUUUACUUAUCCAUCUUGUCUAAUGCUGUUGUCUGUCAUCCUAGAUAAGAAAGCACUUGUGGGAGCAGAGCUCCACACAGCAGGGGCUGUAACAUGUUUGCACUUGGCUCAGUAUGUUAUGAAUGUGGCACAGUAAAUAAAGUUUGUGUACAAAAUAUUAGUUUUAUUUCUGAGAGCAAUUAUGUUCAGGAUAUAUAAAAAAAUGUAUCUAAACCAUUGUGAAUCUAUUUUGUGCUCUAGAAAUGUUCUUUUGGGCAGAAAAAUGUGUCAGUAGAGCUAAAAGUAAAAUGUUGAUGUGUUAUCAUGGGUUUUGUUUCCCAAGUGCUCUGUGGCUUUUGGGAAAGACUCCAUAUCACACCAGGAUUCUACCUUAAAUGAGUUUAUUUUUUAAACAUUUGUCUUUGAAAGUUGUGCAUUGUGCUGCUCUUUCUCUUAAGCAGAAACUAAGUUAAUUAACAUCAUCUUCAGUACCUCCACCCAUUAUGGAGAUGUGGAACCUUUCUGCAGUGGCUGCUUUUAAAGAGAGAAUGGCAAACCACAUUAGACGGGUUUGGCUUCAUUCUUCUAAACUGAGAUCUAAAGGAUGAAUAAACGCUAUGAUGAAGUAACAUGCCCGACAUCCCAAGUAGAUCAGGCCCUGCGGGACAGACAGGCAGACAGACAGACAGCUGACAGAUGCCUUGGUUGGAAGAGAAUUGGUGUUGUACUCUUGAAAUGGCUUUUCAAAACAAUAAACUUGUCACUCUAUCCUCUGGUCCUUCCAUAGCAGAAGGGGAGAUACAUGUUUCUGUUGUUGAGCCACAUUUAUGUGUAAUUUCAGUCACUCGGUAUUAGAAACUACUUCAUUCACUUUCCUCAUGAACACUAUUAAUUCUUCAUGAGUUAAAAGUUUCCUUAUACACACAUGUUAUGGCUUAUUUUUAAAACUGAUAGGAAAAAAAAACAAAGUUAAUUAAAAAGUUCUUAAAAUUUUUGGUUUCCAUAAAUUUUGUUUCUAUCCGUACCUUCCUUCCCAAAAUGAGUUCCUUGUAAAGAAAAAGAUAUUAAGUUUUUGGUAAAAUAAAGUGGAAUCCUGUAUGGGAGUUUCAUCUAUUUCUUCUAUCAAAAUUAGAUCAAAUGAGAAAUGGAACUCAACUCUUAUUGACAAGAGGAUGCUAAAGUCACAGUUCCAUCUAUGUGUCUGCUCCCCCUUAAUGUUUCAUCUCAGGCUUCAGGAACUAAAGUGUUUGCUGUACUUUUUCAAAAGCUGGGUAUAAAUGUUAUAUAAUAAAUGUCACACAUUGAAACUGAUACACAA